CCGUCGCGCUAGCCCUCGAGCCCCAAGUCGCCCAGGGCUGCACUGCCAAGUGGACAAGGAAGAGAGUGGUGGGGGGCGCGCUCUGCGCUGGGGGCGGGUCCCGGCGGCCGCACCCUCCGCCCCCGAGUCACUGCCACCUCCUGGCUGCGCCCCAGCUCCGCAGCUCAGACGCGGCCGCAUCCCAGUGGACUGUAGAGGCGGCAGCGAGCUGGAGCCCGCGUCGCUGUUCUCGGCCACAGGGACGCUGGGCGAGCCGGAGCGCGAAAACACCUGACCCAAGAAGCUCUGCGAGCCGCUGGGAUCACGGUAUACUGAAAGGCACUCAAACAAGAGAACUCCAGGGGAAGCUGGGAACCGUCAAGUUAUUGAGGCCACACAGGGGGCAGAAAGACAGAGAUGUUGUUAUGAGGACAGAUCCAUCAGAAAUGACUGAUGUGGAGUCUGUGGUCAAUAAUUUUGCAUCUUCGGCCAGGACCGGCCGCCGGAAUGCUGUGCCAGACAUCCAGGGCUCAGCCGGGACAGGUGGGCCCUCAGAGUUGCCCCUCAAACUGGAGGCCCUCUCCAUAAAGGAAGAUGUAAAAAAGAAAAAUGAAGAAACAACACAAAGGCAAUUGGAAAAGCCAAAGAAAGAAGAAAAAUGAAGGCUCAAAAACUAUCAAAAGUACUGAAUUUCUGUACAUUGAAAGACUUAAUGGCUCUGCUUUCCUGAAAUGUUUGAUCUGGUAGUAACUAUGGUAACAUUGCAGCCCUAAGCAACAUGUGUGUAUUAGACAAUUUUGUUGUGAUGCUACUCACUUGGAAUGCAACCAUUGAUGUCCAAUGUAGGUUAUUAAAAGACAUAUUACUUCCAAAUUGCACUCCAGGAAAAGGUUAAGAAUGUAUGGUCACUUAAAUACAUAUCAUUAUCUAUAAACCCAACAAAAUCCACUGCUCUCAUUUAGAUUUACUUGGCCAGAUGUAUUUUUAAUUCCAUUUUUAUGGUAACAGAUAACCCGUUUCUUGGUAAAUAUAAAGCAAACACUGUUCAUUUAAAACUUUAUGGAAUUUGUAGGACAUUUUUUUUUUGACAGGAAGGAAUAGUAAUCAAAAACAUAUAGAGAAUAUUUAUUUUUAACCAAAAAUGCACCACUUUUCCCCAAACCCUAAAAGGAUUUGGAAAAAUUGCAAAAGUUUGACAACCUGUAUAUCUCCAGGAUGUUUUUGUUUGAUUCAUUUUACUUCUAGUCUAUGUAUACUGUGAUUUUUCAUGUGGACUCUCAGAACACAAAAUUUGUGACAAAUUGUUUAUGUGGAACAUGCUUAUUAAAUGAAUUUCGCUGUCUUCCUUAACUUUGGCGUAUGUGUGUGCAUAUGUUUUUCUUUGAUAUGAAUUAUACAAAACACUUUACUAGUUACUUUAUACUGUCUUUUCUUAUUCUUAGGGCUUUUGUGUCUUGUGACUUGUUUCUAAAAUGAUUUCCUCAGGAAUGCAGACCUCAGUUUUUAUAUCUUUCUUAAAGUAGAUAACAUAACACAUAAAUAUUUAGUGAAUGUUGUAGGUAGAAAUAGCAAAAUGCUUGCUUUUAAUAUAUAUUUAAGCAUAUAUUUUAAAAGGAACAAAAACAAAACCAAAGUUUUAGUAAAUUUUGAUUUAUUAGACAUUUUAGGAAAAUAAUAAAAUUCUGAAUUUUUAAACAAUGGAUUAAUGAAUUUAUUUUCAUUUUCAGAUAUAUAUGCAUGCUCUUUUAUUUGAUUGUUGACUUAGGUCAUGUCUGUAUACAGUAAUCAAAUAAACUCUUCAUUGUUCAAGAAA